CUUCAAUCAUCCGAUAUAUUUUCAAAAGACGGCGCAGAUCCGCAAUCAGAAAGACGCUGGUAUUUCGUCAAACACUCCGCUAAUUUGCUCUUAAACUUCAUCGAUUAAUUGAUUACUAGUCUGAAGGUUAUUCAAUCUCGGCUCUUCCUCUGGCCUUGUCGGUGUCAUCAAUUAUGAUCAUGGGCAGUCAGAUGUCGUCACCUCCGAUCCCAAGAUGUGCUGUGAUUUGUUCUGGAGCUGAAAAGGAUACAAUAGCAAAUCAGUUGAAAUUGGAUUCAGUGUAGACCAUUGAAGUUCCGAGAUGAAGCCAAAGUCGCCAUCGAAAUCAAAAAUCCAAAUCGCGGGGUUUUCCAAUUCCAACUAUCCCAGAUUGCGGAAGCUCGUUGCAAUCUCCCUUUCGGUAAUACUGAUUUUAGGUUUAGUUAGCAUAUAUUCAAUUUUUAAACAUCGCGUUUCAAUGUCUGAGAAAACGAGCUCAUUUUUCACUGUUGUAUUGGACUGUGGAAGCACUGGCUCCAGAGUAAAUGUGUUUGAAUGGAUGAUUGGAAAUGGGAGUGGGAAUUUACCUAUUUUAUUGCGUAGUUAUCCAGAAAAUGUGAAUCAGAGCAAUGGCUGCCAGUAUCACUGCUUUCAAACUGAGCCUGGCUUGCAUAAUUUUGUUAGUGAUACAAUUGGGGUUAGGGCUUCUUUGGAGCCCUUGAUCAGAUAUGCAGAAAAUUGGGUGUCUUUGGAGAGGCGUGGAGCAACGCCUCUAUUCGUUUUGGCUACUGCAGCAAUGAGGAGGUUGGGGGCUGAGGCUGCAGGCCGAGUUCUAGGUGAUGUCGAGAAUGUAGUGAAAGAGCAUGGCUUUCUGCAUAGGAGCGGCUGGAUCAGGGUGUUGAGUGGGAAGGAAGAAGCCUAUUAUGGUUGGGUUGCUUUGAACUACAAGUUGGGGGUGUUUGGGCGUUCGUCAAGGCUGCCAACGUUGGGGCUUCUUGAUUUAGGAGGCUCGUCAUUGCAGGUGGUGGCUGAGGGAGGCGUUCCAGUGGGAGAAGAGUAUGCUAUUAGAUCAAAGAUUGGGGCAAUUGCGCAUGAUCUUGCAGCUUAUUCGUUACCAGCUUUUGGUCUGAAUGAAGCUUUUGAUAGGACUAUUGUUAUGCUAAGUCACACUGAGGCCCUCAGAGAAGGUGGUGGUGGUGGCUUGUUUGAGGUCAGACAUCCAUGUCUAGGCUCUGGUUUUGUCCAGAAUUACACAUGCCGCGGCUGCUUUGGUGUCGAUUCUAGAGCCUCGAGAUAUUUGCAAGAUAAAGGGCUGAACUCUGUGCUCCUUGUUGGAGAACCAGAUUGGAAGAGGUGUGAAACAGUUGCAAGGGCAGCUGCUAUCAAUUCAAGCAGUUUGGAGUGGUCAGACGAGCUUGAUCAAUCAAAAUGCCAAGGCUUGUUUUCUUAUGGAGAGGGCACCGUAAAGCUUAACCUAACCAAAACAUUGCACUCCAUCUCAAGAUAUCACGCACUGUCAGGGUUCUUCGCUGUCCACAACGCCUUAAACUUGAGCCGGAGUUCGAACCUAACCAUGAUGUUGGAGACAGGGCAAAGGUUAUGCUCCGGAUUAUGGUCUGGUCGGAACAACACCAACGCGCAGAACUGCUUUCGAGUUCCUUACUUGACAUCACUCCUCACAAACGCCCUUUGCCUGAGCGGUGUAGAGAUCAUAUUUGGACCCGGGGAUGUUUCUUGGACACUAGGCGCUUCGCUCGUCGAGGGGGAUUUCCUGUGGCAUCGAGUAGAGAAGUCGAGAGAUGGCAUGUUCACGCUGAAAGACACGGUAACGAGACCUUCCACGAUACUCGUGUUUGUUUUGCUGUCAUCGCUUCUGGUUAUUGUUUACUGCUGUCAAAUUAAGCUGCCUAUGCCAGCAAGGAAGAAUGUUGGUUCUAGAACAUCAUUGCCCUCGUAUUUGUGUCCUAAACGACAGCCUAAUUGACUGUCUUGCAUUACAAAACCAGAAAAUUCCAUCAUUCUUGUAGUGUAUGUAAACUUUAGAAUACCUCAUUGAUAGUACAAAUUCAUUUUAAAGUUAA